GGCUCUUCCUGGGGUUUGGUUGCUAUGGUGACGAGUAGCAAGCGAAGCAAGCUGCAGGCAGAGGAGGCUGGGGCUGGUGAAUCCGGGCUGGCAGUGACCGGGAUUGCGGGAGGUGUUUUCUCAGCAUUUGAGGAGGCGACAGUUCUGCAUGUAAAUUAGACAAGGAGCUGGGUUACAAAUACCUUGCGUUUACUUACAGGAGCUUGCACCAUGCCUGUGUAUAUAAGAAAAGGACCUUUAGAAAUACCUCAGGGUUCUGAGAAAGACUGGGCUAAUGAAGACCAAGAAGAAGAUUAUUUUCUGAGAGAUCCUGAGCAGUCACAAGACUGUCUACCUCAGCCUUACAGGAUGAUUGCAAAAGUAGUGGAGCUUCUCAUUGACCAGGCUAUACAAGAGAUCAGUAUAAGGCAGGAAACUCGAGAAGCCGAGAAACUCAAGGCAAAGCUGAAUGUCCAUCAGCCAACUGCUGAAAUACAUGUGUCCAAAACAGUUACUUGCAUGGCCGUUGGGGGAUCAUAUUUAUUUGCUGGUCUUUCCGAGGGACUGGCAGUGUACAGCCGAACUGAUCGUGACUGGAUUUGUGGUUGGGAAGCCAAUAAAGUAGAAGUCUGUGCCCUCACUGUCUGCCAGGUGCAAGAUCAAGUCUACUUCCUUAGCACGGUGGAUGACAUGGGUAUCGCACGUCUCUUUUAUUUUUGUGAUGAAAACCUCAGUUUUCUGAAAGCCUUCAAUGAGCCGGAAGAUCUAAGUAAGAGGACCAACUGCGUAGCCUUUCAGCUGUCCCGAGGAGGUGACUAUGCUGGCAUCCUGUUAGAAGGUUUGGGAGAUAUUUGUCUGGAGGUAUAUAAGCUACCCAAAGAUAUCUGGAUAAAGGAGCUGGAACCUUCUCAGGCUGCUGUACCCUCCCAAAAUGCAACCCCAUCAGACACCCCGCCAACCACUUUGCCUGUUAUGACUGACCCAAAGAUAACUCCGCCAGCACUUUUAAUGAAGAUUCGGCCACCAAAACCACUUUCAGGAAGCGUCUUCCGAAGUGUGCAGGAGGCAGUGCAGAAGAAUGAAGACGGCGGCGUCUUUGGCACUGGACAGAAUCACUUGAUCAGUUCUCAUCAGUGGGAUCAACAAGAUUCAAUAUUUCUGGGAAUGUUUGAAAAGUAUCUGAGUUUAGAUUUGCCGAGCACACAAGAUGGAAGGAUGUCAAGGAACACCAUGUUUCAUUUUCUUCAUCAGAAUAAGCUAAUGGCCAGCGAUUCAGAAGUGAUGAAUGCCGAUCUAUCUACUGCCAUAAUUUUGCACUGGGAUGCCUGCCAGAAUCUUCUCAUGUACCUACUGGGCAAACAGACAAAGGACAAAUCAGAUGGCGACAUAAAACCUGAUGUGGUGUGGCCAUGUGCAGCUCCUAUAAAAUUCUCAGCCAUUAGUUCUUGCUCCUCGUAUUUGACAUUUGGCCUUGAAGAUGGAACACUUACAGUUUGGGACGUGAAGCAUUCUGGAUUCCCAUUAGGUGUUGUUGUCCUUCCUGAGGGGAAAUCUAUAGGUAGUCUUUAUUUUUUGGAGCACAUAACUUCUAAUAGAGAUCCUCCGGCUGUACCAAGAGCUAAGGUUGUGGUGUGGUGCACAGAUAAGUCUCUCUACCUUGUGACUGCAGCUGGGGGAAAGGACUCCAGCCUUGUUCUUCUCCAUGACAGCGCUGGCUCCCCAGAUGACCUGAUAAGUGCAGUGCUCCCAGUCUCCUCACUUCCUAAUGGUGUGCUUCUAUUUUACCGCAGUGCUAUGGUAAAGCUUUGGGAUGUUGCUGAACGACAACCAGUCUGCCAGUUUGGUCUCCCUUUGCCCCACACAGUAGCAUUUCCCUGGCAACCCGUGUAUGUUCUUGAUGCAAUGAACCACUGUCUUUUUCUUAAAGCAAAUGAGAAAAGGGUUUCUGGAGAGAUUUUGACCCAUGAAAAUGCCACUUGCUCUCUAUUUGCGUUCAGUCUGGAAGGUUUGGAAUCAAUGAUAAAAACUCAACAGCCAGCCGUCCUCCAUUCACAAAGCGUACACUGGGAAGAAAGAUGCAAGUCUUUGUUUCAGAUGAGGUUAGAAACUUUUUCAGAAAGGAGAAAGCAGAUAGCAGAGUCAUGGACGCUUCUCAGAAAGCAGGCCUCCGAUUUUACGCGGAACAACACCCUGAGCAGGUGAUGGAAGAACAAAACAAUGUAUUUUUUAACUUGCUGGCAAAGAAGAGUACCAGCAUGAUUUUGGACUAUUUUAUAGUUAAAAAGUAAAAAUAUCUGGAGUAAUGCUCACUAUUACCUGUGUAAUUUCUGAAAUUUUUAGCUUUACUCACCCCAUCUGCAGUUUUUUUUCUCUUCACUUUCUGUGUGUAGGCAGCGGCUCAUCACAUGUGACCAUCAAGCACCUGCAUGUCCCUGGAGAGCAUUGCUCAGCUCUUGUUAACCCCUUCCUCCCCUACAUAGAAAAUAGUUGCUCAGACUCUGCCCUGGUGAUUCCACUAAUAAAUAGCCAUAUGGCAUGUCAAGCUGUCUGCCCAAUUUCCUUCUCCACUGUCUAGAGCAGGCAUGUUCAACCUGUGGCCCUCCAGAUGUUGUAAAA